CUUAAGUGGCUUUUUGGUUUUGUUAUAAGUAAUGGUUGUAAUUAUUUGUAUGCCUGAUUUAAUUUAAAAUAAAAUAUUAGGUAGUGAGAAAUAAGUAGGAAUAAAAGUUAUCAAAAUGUUUGAUGCUAUAUAACAAAUCUAUUUGUGUCAAUGCUUGAGUGAAGUUAUAACUAAUAUAGAUGUAUACAUACAACAAGAGUCUCUCAUUCCACCAACUGCUUUCAUUAGUAAAGUACAAUAAUAUGUAUUUUAAUUAGUUAGUUAAUUAGUUAUUUCUUGUUUCCACCUUCAGUUUUUCUCCAAAUGGCAUGUUUAAUUAAAAAAAAAUAUAAUAACAAUGUCAAUGAUUGGUAACAGUCUUGUUUAUAUUGAACUGGUUGCAGGGAUAUUCACUCAACGACGGGGAAGCUGAAGCGGGCUGUCCUUCAGUUCACACCCAGCGACUGGAUGCAGGUACGGUGGCUUGACCCUUCCACCACCUACAUGAGGUUCUUUGCCAUUUGUCAACUGGUGAUCUUCUGGCAAGUGUGUGAACUUAACACUUUCUUUCUCAAGCACAUCUUCGAGAUGCCACCCUCCCACCCAUUGGUCUACCUACGGCUGUUAUUGGUCGGCAUAGUCGUUUCUCCAUCUAUAAGACAAUACUACAUGUACGUGACAGAUCCCACUUGCAAGAGGGUGGGCACCCAGUGUUGGGUGUACGGAGCUAUCAUGGCCACAGAAGCACUUCUCUGCAUCAAGAAUGGCAAAGAGUUGUUUGGCCAGACGCAAGCCACCAACAUCUGUAUCUGGCUACUGCUCAUCUUCCUGCUCUCCUGCCUCUGUGUCUACGGCUGUGUUGUGUGGCACAGAUACUUCCAGACGGAGAGCGACUUCUCGAGAGAAACUUCGCCUUGUAAGUCGCCAACC